AUGACCUAUGAAGCUCUCCCGUCCUUUUCUCCACGGCUGACUGUGGCCAAAAGAAAAGAGGCUCUUGAGCUCAGAAAGACUAUGAAACCACUGAUGGAAAAAAGAAGGCGCGCUCGUAUCAACGACAGCCUGAACCAUUUGAAAAACCUCAUCCUUCCCCUCACAGGCAGAGAUAAGACUCGCUACUCCAAGCUUGAGAAAGCAGACAUCCUGGAAAUGACUGUGAGGUUCCUCGGCGACAUUCCCCCUGUUAACACUAAAAACAGUUACAAGGAAGGCUACAAAGCCUGCCUCCAGCGCGUCUCCGCUCUGCUUCCCAAAACGAGCCUGGAUCAGGACGCGUGCCAGCGGGUCAACGACUUCGUCCAGCAGUCCAUGUCCGCCACCGUCACCCCGACCUGCCUGAACUGCUGCGCUCAGAGCUCCAGGACUCUCCCUCAGAUCCAACAGAGACUCCUGAGCCUCAAAUCCAGCUUCAGCUGCAGACUGGAGAACCACAGGGAUGGAUGUUGCGGUCAAACGCGCCCACAUCAGGCCGCAUGCAGUACUGCACUGCUGUGCAGCGUGCUGGAGGACACGCGGUCUCUGCUGCCCCCCUCCGGCGGGUGUGGGUACUGA